AUUUUUCUCUCCCAGUCCAUUGAUUUUAAAAUCGCUGAUCAGAAAUCAGCAGGCGUGCUCUUAAUUCACGGCCUCGCCACGGAAGAGGCGUCGUUCUGAAACAGAUUCAAAGUCAGUUUUACUGGCGAAUCGCCGGUGGUUUGUUAUUCCCGGUCACGAGACGGUACUUCCUGCGAGAACGAGGCCGAAAAGUAAACAGAAAUCGAGGUGGAAGCAUUUUUCCCCCCCGGAGUAGCUUUGAAAUGUGCAAAUUUAGCUGGUCAGCAAGUGUCUCCUAGCGUUUGUCCCGUUCAAGAAAACCAACAACGGCGGGCUGAGACAGAAGGGAAGACACCGAGAGUCUGUUGGCCAGACAACAUGGAGACUGUGUGUUUCCGGCUACCGGGACACGGGGACACGACCCUGAAGCACAUGAACUCCCUCCGGUCCCGCCAACAUUUCUGCGACAUCACCAUCGUGGCCAGCAACAACCAGACCUUCAAAGGUCAUAAGGUCGUGCUGGCGGCCUGCUCGCCCUUCCUGAGGGAUCAGUUUCUCCUCAACCCCUCACCCAGGCUUCAGGUGUCGAUGCUGUACAGCUCCUCGGUUGUGUGCGACCUGCUGCAGUCGUGCUACACCGGCAUGCUGCAGUUCAGCCCUGAGGAGAUCGUCAACUACCUGACUGCUGCUAGCUACUUCCAGAUGGAGCACAUCGUGGAGCGCUGCAGAACCGCGCUGGAGAGAUACGUGCAACUAAAGAACCCCAGUCUGCUGAAAAUGGAGGAGGACGGUCAGGUCAGACCGGUUAUUCUCAGUGCCAACGUUCAUUCAGUGGCUUCACCUCUGACCACUCAGCCCUCCCCCAUCGAGCAGCACAGCCCUGCAGUCAUCACACUGGAGGAAGAAAACAGCGAAACAUCUGCUCAGCACACCGGCGACAGCCCCGUGCUGGAUGAGCCUGACGCCAAGGUAAACGCGAUGGGUGAGGAGGACGAGAACCGGCCGGAGGACUACAGCGUCUACAGAGUGUACAUCCCAGAGGAAGAGCUGGCAAACCGAGGCGGGGAGGCGGACAAGGGAGACUCUGUCGAUGUUCCUCAGGAUCUGUGCUACCCAGAAACCAACAGRAUCUUCAUUGCGGGAGACGGCAGYGAAUGCGACUUGGACUCUGCUGAGGAUCUGAGUUUCGGGGGCCUCAAAGCGUUCAGGCGAAGACUGUCCGAGCCGAAAAUCAGCCGCGGCAGAGGGAAAGGCAGGGGGAGGGGAUUCAAGAAGCGAAAGUGGGGAUCGUCCCAAGAGAAAAGGUCGCCGACCUUAGCUCACCGUCAAGAUCUGUGGUAUGCUGCCGCUGCUGGACUGGGAGGGGGCUUUGCCCUGGACUUCAGCCAGGAGGAUCUGAAGACCGCAGCAAAUUAUUUYGUUGAUUUUCCCCGGUUGGACUUCGCUUUGGGCAGCGUUCACGGUGAAAAGGUCUCCCCCAUGAAUCAGUUCUCCCUGGAAGAGUCUGGCGCCGGCGAAGGGAGUUCUGGGUUGAACGCUGUCGGCACAAACGAAGGAGGGGACGAGUCCGUCACUUCCAGUGUGACGGGGCCUGUAAUCUGCGAGCACUGUGGCCUCACUUUCCCCUCAGCACACUCCCUGGCCAUCCACUCCCGCUCCACCCACCUGCUGUACGUCUGCCCCUGCUGCGGGAAGCACUUCCACCACUCCAGCAACCUCACCCGGCACAUGGCCGUGCACCGAGGGGCCGCCAAGGCCCACCAGUGCCCCCUGUGCUACAAGACGUUCACCCAGAAGUCCACGCUGAUAGACCACAUGAACCUCCACAGCGGGGAGCGGCCGCAUCGAUGCGCCUACUGCCACGCCCGCUUCGCCCACAAGCCCGCCUUACGACGCCACCUGAAGGAGCAGCACGGGAAAACCACGGGGCAGAACUCCCUGCACGAGCAGGAGGAGCGGGAGAGGGCGAGAGAAACUGCAGUAAGRGAGCCGGAGGAAGAACAGGAAUGCCUGGUUACUGAACAAACGGAGCAAGUGUCAUGAGCAAAAACAUGUUCCAUGUUCUGUUAAACCCAAUCUUCAGUGUAUUUUAUCAAGAUCUUUUUUAUCGGGAUCUUUUUGUGACAGGCCAACACGAGGUGGUGUACUAUUGUGAGGUAGAAGAAAAAAAUCCAGUUUUUACAAAUGAAAAGAUGAAUUAUGUGGCAUGUGUAGAUUCUAGCAAGGGCUGGACAAUACAUCAAUAAUAAUAUWUAUCAUGAAAGACACGUGAUCAAUAUCAAUAAAAAAUACGUCUGAUAGAGUAGUCAAUAAUUUUACUGAACUKAUAUCCAGAACCACAUGGCAUCCUCGGUGACGGAAAGAGGAAAGCUAAGCCAGCUAAGAUAGGUUGGCGACAUCAACUUACUCACUCACUCGCUCUUUGGUUACCUAGCAACAGCAUGUUGCUAGGUAGUUUAAGAUUUCACCACGGUGCCUCAUAACUGYUUAAAAAUUUAAAACUGAGGUGUGGUGUGAAACUUUGGAUAAAGUAGGAAAGGCCAUGCCACCAGUUCAAACUAAUCAAUAAUUAUUGAUAUCGACUGAUACUAAACACAUAUCAUUUGACAUUUUUCAGCCAUAACGCGCAGCUCCGMYAGAAUUUCUACCGGCCAAUCAGAGAACAGAAGAAGUUGUGAACGAUGACGACGUUUUUCUGCUUGUAGUUUUAGCCAUGGCAUCGCUGGAAGUGGCCGAAGCCGUUCAGUGCGUGUUGGCCGAGCUUCAAAAAUACUUGAUUAAUAUUAACAGCCGUUUUAUUCGGCUUUGCACUUMUCUUUGCAGUGCAGGAUCAGGCUAGGGCAUGACGUACGUCACGGCCGAACGUUAGCAUUGGGUAAAAUUUAAAACUUCAAAGACAAAGCGUAGAGAAAGGGGCUUGUUUUUACGAUGCUAGUACAUUUAUAUUCAUAUUUUUAUAUUAUUUAAAUUAGGGCUGGACUAUAUAGCCUAAAAUCAAUGUUAUUAUAUAUUAAACAGUUCAUUAGCUGCUUAUCUCCCUUUUCGGCCACCGUAUUUACAUUUGACAUUUCCUCCAUUUUCUCAACCUCACCGUCUCUCUGGCUUCUUCUGGAUGGGGUGGAGUCACGUGACUGCUGAAUGUACACGUAGCGCGACGUCUUAAAGAAACACGAGCAUAGUCUACUAAAAAGAUACGUUUUUUUUUUUAUUAACACUGGUGUUUACAAGUGGGAUCCAACCGACCUCACACCCAUAUCGUUUGUAUCAGUUGCCUCAGUCCUCGCACAAGGGUUAAAAAAAAACUCCAAAAAUACCGAGAUGUGCAAAAUGGCGUCGGUCAUAAAUUUGGGUGUUAAUUUUUCGGUUUAUCGCCUUGGCCAAUCGUCGUUAGAUGCUCACCGUCCAAUCUUACUGAGCUUGAACAAUUUUGCUAAGAAAAACGAGCAUAUUUCUCCUUUUUGAGUCAUUCAAAGAUAUGGAGCCACAUUUCAGAUUUCCAUUGAAACGUCCUGCUUUGUGUUGGUUUAUUACAUCAAAAUCUCCUAAAAUACACAGAGAUUUAUGGUUUUAACUUUAAUGUGAAAAUGGUUCAAGGGAAAUGAAUUGUGAAGCAUUCAUGCUCAUCAGCUUACUGCAGUCUGCUGGAUCUGCUUUUCAAAGGGUCAUGGUGACGUUAUUGAUCUUAAAGUGCUAAAAAUAUUAAAAUGCCUUCAUACGUUUACUGCCAAACCACGUGUCUAGUGUGAAGAUAAAUGGACAGUAAACAAGCAAUAUAAAUGGUCCUUUCUGGUUGUAGCUAGUAGCUGUUAAACUGCAUCUGAGUAAACUGUACCAGUGGAUAUUAUGUGAAACUCCCUGAAGCCAAAGACGAUUAUUCUACCAGUACUUUUUUUAACAUAUCUGAAAUUGUUGUGAACUAUUUUCUCUUUUGGGUUUGAGUGAGAUUUUGUAAUGUGUCAUGUAACAAAAAAUGAGAGAAAAUUACUAACAUGUCUUGUUUUUAAUGUAGAUAUUUGUACUGUAAUGGUAAAUCAGUGAUUCUCCUCUCAAACUGUUCAUCUGCUGCACACAGAAGGUUGAUUAAAACUCAUCAAUGAUCCGAAUAUCGGUUUGAAACAAGGGGAGCUGCACAGGUAAUAAACUUGGAGAGCACUCAGGAA